UGGUAUAUACAAGGAGUCUAUUCAAGUCAUCAGAUUGUGGCCACCUCACUUCUGUCGAAGUUCUGAGAGAUCUGUCUACACACCCGCAUAUUCUGUCUAUGUGGGCAUAUCGAAUCGACCAGUUCCCUGUGUUCUCUAUCACUGAGGAUUACAGUCAACGGAACUUCCAGAAGGUGCUUUAUUAUAGUGCAAAGAGCAAGGCCUGGUUUCAACCUCUUGAGCUCAUGCGGCUUCUUAUACAAGCUCUGGAAGCAGUUAUCGCCCUUCAUGAACAUGGCGUUAUACAAAGAGAUCUUACAGCUGCCAGUUUUGCAUACAACAAGGAAAGCAAGUCUGUAAAGCUGUGCCGCUUCAUGUUGGCGCGAAAAUGUGGACGAGAAGAAACUGUUGUCGACAGAGAAUGUUCGUCCAUUCCCAUGAGAUGGUCUGCCCCAGAGUCUCUCAAGCAAGCAACAUCGUUUCUCUAUGCUAUCUGAUAAUUGGAUGGUGGGACAUCUCAUCUACGAAAUCAUCACACACGGCUGCCUCCCAUACUCAGAUCUCGGACGGCAAAAUGAGUCCGCCAUAGAAAACAUGGUAAA